AUGCUCCUUCUAGCAAGGAACAGUUUGCAUUUUCUUGUGUACUUUCCUCAGGUGAUUGAGGAGAUUGAGGAAAUGAUGCAGAAUUCCCCAGAUCCUGAGGAGGAAGAGGAAGUUCUGGAAGAGGAUGAUGGAGGAGAAACCUCAUCCCAGGCAGACUCGGUGCUGCUGCAGGAGAUGCAGGCCCUAACACAGACCUUCAACAACAACUGGUCCUACGAAGGACUGAGACACAUGUCUGGGUCCGAGCUGGCUGAGCUGCUGGACCAGGUGGAGGGCGCCAUCCGAGACUUCUCAGAGGAGCUGGUGCAGCAGCUAGCCCGCCGGGAUGAGCUGGAGUUUGAGAAGGAAGUGAAGAACUCCUUCAUCACGGUGCUCAUCGAGGUUCAGAACAAGCAGAAGGAGCAGCGGGAACUGAUGAAAAAGAGGCGGAAAGAGAAAGGGCUGAGCCUGCAGAGCAGCCGAAUAGAGAAGGGGAAUCAGAUGCCUCUCAAGCGCUUCAGCAUGGAAGGUAUCUCCAACAUCCUGCAAAGUGGCAUCCGCCAGACUUUUGGCUCCUCAGGAACCGACAAACAGUAUCUGAACACAGUCAUCCCUUAUGAGAAGAAAUCAUCUCCUCCCUCCGUGGAAGACCUGCAGAUGCUGACAAACAUUCUUUUUGCCAUGAAGGAGGAUAAUGAGAAGGUGCCUACUUUGCUAACGGACUACAUUUUAAAAGUGCUCUGUCCUACCUAACUUUGCCUUUGGAGCAGCCUGGCUGCAGGAGGUCACUGAGCAAGAGUCCUUCCAUCACAGGGAUUGCAUGACAUCACGUAACCUCCGAUAUGUAUUUAAACAUGGAUAGCUUAACUUGGAUUAAACACGAGCAAUCGCGGGCGGGGUCCUUUGCUGUCGGCUUCUAGUGCUAGUAAUCAUUGGAUGCAUGAUCAGGGCGCAGGGCCGGUGAUGCUCGCUGCCUCUUCUCCAGCUGUGUCCGGGAAGGCAGGUGUCCUCACCGCUCAUUCUGUAGUCUGGCUCCAGCCCUCAAAAACAAAAACCAAAACCAAAACAGCUUAUACUCUUAAGACU